UGGAAUAAUAGUGUUGCAAAUGUUUUUUUUUCAACAGCCUUACCACCACCACCACCACCAACGACCACAGUGGCCACGAUAGCCACUCUUCCAGAAGAUACCACAGAUUUUGUAACACUUUCUUGCUAUACGGAAUACAUGAAGGCAGUUAUUGGGAGACAAUAUCUCAUUUCAAAGGGCUGCCUUGACUGUAAUUUGUACAUAAGUGAUGCCACCUGUACACCUGACAUUUCAGAAGAUAAGUUUACAUUCUAUAUACCAUAUGAUGGUUGUGGAACCAAACGGGAAAAUAAUGGGAAGAUAAGCACUUUUACCAAUAUUGUGAGCAGCUCUGGGAAUGGCGUAAAUCCUCAGUUUCAAUUCACCUGCAAAAUGGAGCUCAGCAGAAAUAUGGAAGUCACCCACAACAUUGAUGAAUUUGAAUGCACAAAUCAAGGGCCAAAAUUUCAUAUGGAGUUUUUAUUUUAUAAGUCACCUUUCUUUACACAGCCAAUAAAUAACAUGGGUUACUUUAUGAACCUGAACCAGAAUGCAUUUAUCCAAGCCACACUCCACAGCUUUAAUAGUAAUCAAAUAUUAUUCAUGGACUCUUGUGUGGCAUCCCCUAACCGUUACGACUUCAAAACUGAAACUUAUAUCAUGAUAAAUAAAGGAUGCAAAAUGGAUAGCACAUACCAACUUUUUUCUUCAAGGAACAGGAGAAGCAUCAGCUUUAGAUUUAAAUCCUUCACAUUGAGCAAGAGCUAUUCCACAGUUUAUAUUCGUUGCAAAAUACUAGUGUGUAAAGAACCUUAUUCCUCUCGUUGCUACCAAGGCUGCUAUAAAAGCAACAGAAUAACAUGGAAAUAAUUUUUCUGGGCUAUUUAUGCUUACCAAAUGAAUAGCAGCUUGAAUGUAAUCAAACGUAUGAUCUUUUCUUAGGAAUCAAAUCUUUCUCAAUAAUGACAAUUUUUACAUGAUUACAUUGCAGAAUUGAACUAUUCAGUGUUUAAAUGUUUUCACUGUUGUGCUUUUAUCUAUCUUCUCCUUCCUGUCAUCUGGUACACUUUGAUUUGAUGUGGGAAGAUGUACAACUCUUUUGCCUUAAUUCAUCAUACUUAAUUAGUUUAACAACCUAGCAAAAUAAAUAAAGAUAGCUGGAAACAUUC